AGUGCUUAGGGCGCUUACACUGACAGAACCAGCAGAAUUCAGUGCACUGAAAGUACCCGGAUGACGCACUGCAAACGGUCAAAAAAUGCAGUGUACAACGAUGGACACUACUCGCCCUAAACGGGCGCCAUAUUGGCUACGUAGCGGAAGAGGAGGAGCCCUUUCGGCAGCUUUUCAUUUGUAAAAUAAUGGCGGACGAAAUGACUCGCGAGCAGAUUCGCCUUAGAUUCGCGGGUGUCACAAUCAGAUUUGCGUCCGUCACUUCCCGCCAAGUGGUUAACUUAAGUGUUCCAUUUGAGACAGCACUACUCAGCGACAGAUGUACUUAGUAAAGUGUACUUAGUAAAGUGCGCGGUAGUAGACACAGCCUCAGUGUCACUGUCGAGUGUAAGCGAGACAAAGGGGGCGGGGUAAUGGCUGCCCAGACGUUCAUUUGGCCAACCGGCCUUGGGGAAAUGGAGGACGGCCAACUGUGUCGCUCAGUCUUCUGCCUACAUUUUCUUAGUAGUUAAAAAAAUUAUAAGGCAAGCGGCCCUCCGGCCCAGACGUGUCUCGGCCCACCGGGAAUUCUCCCGGUGCUCCCGAUGGCCAGUCCGCUGUUGGUUGAAGGACUUUUACACGGCACCCCUGCUCUCAUCAGACGGCACCCCAUGGUGCCGCGGCACCCCGGUUGGGAAACACUGAGAUAUAACAUCCUCUCAUUUAUUAAGAUUAGGGCUCUGCAGGCAUAACCAUUCCAUUUGUAAACCAUACAACAAUAUAUUUGCCUUUGCUAAUUGAAUCAUCAAAACAUAAUGGCCUAGGAGUUUGCUCUUUGUUUCUGUCAUAACCAACCAUUAUGAUGAAAUGACAUUUGAGAGUCCUGGAUGUUAACAAGUCUCAGAAUGGCCUUCCCAUGAUGACUAAUAUUCACCAACCUUAUAGGUCAGGUGUCAGGUGGCUGAGCGGUUAGGGAGUCGGGCUAGUAAUCUGAAGGUUACCGGUUCGAUUCCCGGCUGUGCCAAAUGACGUUGUGUCCUUGGGCAAGGCACUUCACCCUGCUUGCCUCAGGGGGAAUGUCCCUGUACUUACUGUAAGUCGCUCUGGAUAAGAGCGUCUGCUAAAUGACUAAAUGUAAAAUGUUAUAAACAGAGGUGAGCAGCCCAGACAGAAUUCUACCUGCAUACCAGAUUUGUCAGAGAGAAACUAGGCGUUAUUCAAAUGGAACAAUAACCACAGUCCAAGAUAGACAUGGAACAGUAAUACUUUUUUAGGGUUUUUCAGUAUAACACACUGAGUCAUACCCGUAUUGCCAUGGUAGGAAUUGCUGUUGGUGGGUCACACUGUGUUCAAGCCAGGUAAUCUCGUGAGGUCAUCCAAUGUCAAGUCAGUGAGGUAUAACAGAAGGACGUAACCAAGUCAUCUCUCGUUGGAAUAGAGUGUGGCAUGGCUUCUACCCAGAAGGAUAUACAGGUUACACAUGUUACAGUAUUACUGGCCUCCAAGCCUCCUGUGUGUAAAAACACCAUCAGAAUCUAACAACAGAGAUCUAUAGACUUUGAAGUAAACUGCAAAAGGAACUUUGAAGUUUGAAAGAAUUUUAGGAAAUCUAAGGAACUUUUGCAGGACAAAGAUUCCAAGCACAAAGAGAAGCAACAUUGGAGUGGCUCAACAGCAAAAAAAUGAACGUUUUACAGUGGCUCAGUCAAAGUCUGGAUCUUAAUCCCAUUUAAACUCUGUGGCACAAUUUGAAAAUUGCAGUCCACAAGCCAUGACCAACCAACCUGAACCACUUGGAGAAAAUCCCAGAAGAAAGAGUAUGGAUCAAUGCGAUGGCUGGAGUGUGAGGUGCCUUGCAGGCACUGGUGAGGAGAGAUUACUCUGACAGGCUCCAUUCAACUGGACGCUCAGCCCCAAGGCCCUGCAUUAACCUACCAUGCUGAUGCUACAGAACGAGGACCUCUUUUCACAAGCUAUUCAACAUCUGAAGCACUCAACAACAUCCCUGAGGUACUCACCUAGACUACUUAGGCAUGAGCACUACAUAAACACUGGCAAUCUGGGAAGGCUAUCUUAUCUAUCUGAUAUCGGCAAGUGUUGUCUGUGACUGUCAUUGUAAUUCAGAACCAGGUAGAUGCUUCUGAAUGCAGUAAUACUAUAGUUACAGUUUUUCACAAUUGUUAAAACACGUUUCUCAAAACAAUAACGGCUUUCUCAAAACUGCACACACAAAACUGAAAACCUCACACACAAAAUGCUAAACCUGACUUUCCUGACCUCCCUUUGCAAGAUGACUCUUUGCCAUCAAAUCUCUUACCGGUUCGCAAAAUGGAACUUGUGUUCUCAUUUGGUACACACAGCCAUAUUUUCACACACACAUACCAUUCAUAAGAGUACACACGACUAAGCAUUUGCUGCACACUAACAAGCAUUGAAAACACAAUUAUAGAAAUGGAACACAGCAUAUUACAGUUUUUCUCAAAUGCUAAAACACAAAAGCCAAUCCUCUAAACCAAAUGACCAGUUGUCUAAACACAUUUACUAAAUCUAGCCAUCAUUUUCCAAUAUCAUAAACACAUUUCACAUGAAGACACAAUUCACAAAACACAAUCCUCCGUUCUCAUAAAUCUUAACACACUUAACACAUUUUUCCUUGUUAAAACACAAGUUGCAAAAGAACUCGCAUAUUCUCAAAUGAAAGCUCAUGUGAUGCAAAAUGCUUGCCACAGUCAGCAAUAUUUGAACACAAUGAACACACCUGGCGUCAUUCAUUACACACAACGACUCAAAAUUGAAGACACCUCUUGCUAAUGCUGUGACCACAUGUAUAAAAGCAAGUUCAGAGUGUAUAGUUUGCUGAAGAUUCCAAACAAACACAAUGGAUGAAGGCAGAGUUAGGGGAAGAGGAAUUCGAGUCAGAGGAGGGAGAAGAGCUGGCCUGGAAGACGACGACGGACGAGAUGCGAGCAACAGUCAUUGACCAUGUCAUUGUCCAUGGCAUGACAAUGGCUGAAGCAGGACUAAGAGUCUGUCCAAACCUGAGUAGGUUCACCGUGGCCACCAUUAUCAGGGCAUUCAGACAACACAACAGAGUUGAAACAAUGCCACAUAGAGGUGGGAGGGUUGCCAUAUUUACAGCGGCACAAGAAACCCUCAUUGUGGAUAUGGUUCGUGAGAACAACCUCAUCAGACUCCGGGAGAUCAGAGACAGUCAUUGCCGAUAAUGUCAACUUUGAGAGCAUUGAUGAUGUCAGCUUGGCCACAAUAGACCGAGUUCCCCGGCGCCAAAAGAUGCGGAUGAAACAGGUCUAUAGGGUUCCCUUUGAGCGCAACUCUGAGCGACACAAAGACCUACGUUACGAGUAUGUGCAAAGGAUAUUACAGUUGGACGCAAUGGCCAGACCUCAUGAGUACCUCUUCCUGGAUGAGGCUGGCUUCAACAUGCAGAAACUAAAGCAAAGAGGCCGUAACAUCAUUGGCCAAAGAGCCAUCACUGAGGUUCCUAGCCAACGGGGGGGUAAUAUUACUCUUUGUGCGGCCAUGGGUUUGGAGGGGCUUGUCCACCGGCGUGCUGUCCUUGGGUCUUACAACACCCAACGUCUCCUCACCUUCCUAGAGGAGCUAAAAGACAUCCUCCUGGACCGCCAACAACACCAUCCUGGGCCCGCACAUCACAUUUAUGUGAUAAUUUGGGACAAUGUACGCUUCCACAGAACAAACCUAAUCAGAGAGUGGUUCACCACCAACAGUAACCACUUUUUAAACGUCUGUCUGCCACCCUACUCCCCUUUCCUGAACAUAACUGGUACGCAGGUACGCAUGCGCGACACAAAUCAGGAAUGCGUAAUGCCACUUGUAUUACUACGCGCCUUUGCUUAGGCCUACUCGAUCUCGAUCUUGUCAACUAAACUUACACAUGACAUAUUGCUUGUCGACAACUACUGUCAGAGAUGUCCAAAAAACAACAAACAUUAAGUAGCUUCUUCGGCGUUUCACCACCUACUAAGAAACGCCAACUGGAGCCAGAGCCGAAGAAAAGACUUUUUUCGGAAAAGUGGCUCCAAGAUGUGCAGUGGCUUGAUGCUAAUGAUGAGCGCACUGAAAUGUGGUGCAAGAUUUGCCGAUCAAAUCCACAACUAGCUGACAAAACAGGUGCGUUUUUUAAAGGCUCAAAGAAUUUCAACCAUCCUUUAUUUGAGAAACAUGAUAAGAGCAAAGAGCACAUGAACGUGGCACAAGCCAUUGCUAAUAAACAAGCGAGCCGAGAAGAAAUCCAGUCGCCCACUUGCCAGAUGGCGAGACAAGCUGAAUGAAGAACAGCGACAAGCUCUGUCUAAUAUUUUUCUCCUCGCCUUCCAUAAAGCAAAACACGCACGCCCCAUGUCUUCCUAUUCUGAAGAUAUUCCUUUACUGAAGCGGCUAGGAGUAAAUGUCGGAGGUGCAUAUCAUUCACGUGAAGGUGGCACACGGAUCAUGCAGAGCAUCGCUUACACCAUUAACGGGGAGUUACGAGCCAAGUUGCAGUCUGCUGAAUUUUGGGGGCUGCUUUUUGAUGGAUCUGAGGACAUCACAAAAACUGAACAGGAAAUCGUUUACAUCGUUUCUGUGUCCAGCAACGGAGAGUUUACCUCGGACUUUAUUGGACUGAUUGAAUUGGGUGCUGACCGAACCGCGCAGGCCAUAACAGACGGACUUGUGAGACUUUUCCAUGACACAGGCCUAGAUGACUGGACAAAAAAGUUGGUCGCUGUAUGCACAGACGGGGCUGCUGUCAACGUCGGAAUCAACAACGGCGUUUUGCCAAAACUCCGGCGACUUGCUGCGGUUGGAGACUCCCUUGUGCACAUUCUGUGCACCGCACACACACUGGAGAAUUGCGCAAAAUCAGCUGAUCGCAACGUUCCUUACUGUGAGACAUUUAAUGGCUCUGUGGUCAAGCUGCUGCAGUUUUAUUUACAGAAAGGUGGAGCAAAAAAAACUGCUGCACUGAAGAAGCUGUGUGAAGAAAAUGGGAUCUCCUUUGUGAAACUGGGAAAGUUUCACAACAUAAGAUGGUCUGCAUGGAGGCAUGAAACACUGCUAAAAAUAUCAAGACUAUUGCCAGCCAUUAAAAUGCAUGGCUACAAGUGAUAACAGUGACUUGCAGCAUAUCUGCACAGAGCGUUUUCAGUGCUUUCUGUCAAACAUGCUUGACAUAGGCAACAUUUUGAAGACCACAUCCAUUAGGUUUCAGAAGGAAAAGCUGACCAUUGGAGAAUGUAAGGACGAACUCAUGGUGGCCAUUGGACAGUUUACACUUCUGCUUGAUGGGGAAGGCCACAGGGCACACACUGUUUCUAAUGCAAAUGCUGACAGAGACAAGACAAACUUACUCAGGAGGUUAAUUGAAGAGUUUGAAGUCAGAUAUAACUCCCUCAAGUCAUGUGAUCAUUUCUUAGUAUUUGAUCCCUCAACAUGGCCUCGGGAAAUGCAAGACCUCCACAGUUUUGGAAACACAACAGUUUGCAGCAUUCUCAAGAAAUAUGAGGCCACCUUGCAACUUGACAAAGACACCACUGUGACAGAAUGGAUGCGCUUAAAGCAGGCAGGAAAACGCCUGGGAUCCUCUUCUGUGUAUGACUUGGUCCAAAUAGUAAAUACAAGUAACCCAGAUGCUUACUCCAACAUCAACAAGGUGGUUAAGCUGUCUCUUACACUGCCUUUAAGCAGUGCAGCUUGUGAGAGGGGUUUCUCACAUCUAAACAUAAUAAAAACCAAGUACAGAUCUCGUCUGUCACAUGCUCGUCUCUCAGCCCUGAUGCACAUUCACUUGUCAAAGCAGACCACAGAGACAUUUGACCCAAAGCAAGCUGUCGACCUGUGGAUGGAGACAGCUAAUCGGAGGCUCAACCAAGGACAGGGAGGUGCAUCUGCAGCAUCUUCAUCAUCUACCAUGCAGGAAGCUGAAGCAGAGGACAGUGGGGGUGACACUGAAGAGGACAUUGGUGGCGACACUGAGGAGGAGAGUGAGGAAGACUGCACUUAUUAAGACCACGCUACAUAUGUGAAGAGUUCUUCUCAUCGUGGAGAUGGAAGGUUUAUGACAGACAACCAUACACUAGAGAUAACCUCCUAAGGGCAAUGGAACUGGCCUGUGUUGACAUCCCAGUGGAGGCCUUCCAAGGAUGGAUGCGCCAUUCCAAGGCGUUUUUCCCGCGGUGCCUGGCAAGAGACAAUAUGGCCCGAUGCAGCUCAGCGACAUGAUGCCGCACAGUGAUUGUGUGGUGUGAAUAAAGUAAAUAAAAAAACUUCACACCCUGAUCAUGUUUUCAAGAGUACUGUUGUGUGCAAUAGAUUGUUUUUGCAUUGAGUUGUGUUACAGUAGUGUACAUGCAGAAUUUACUAUAGAUUUAUACUCUUCAUAUGAAACUCACAAAUCUAAAUGCCUAAUCCUCUGCAGAGAUCUAAGAAGAUCCAUUACUGUAAAGUUUCUAAAAAUAUGCAUUGGCAGUUAUGAAACAAAGAACCUUCUCACAAAUUGAGCAUUGUGUUUUCAAUUGUUUUGCUGUAGUGUGUAAUGAUGUGUAUAGUGUUUACAUUUUCGAAAGCUUCGAGCUGCUCUUUUGGUGUGAAAGUUUGAGUUUUGAAGUGAGAAGGUGUGGUUGUGUUUAUGUAGCUUUAGAAAAGGGUGUUGUGUUUAGACAUUGGGGAACAUGGAGGAAACGUUUGUGAAAUGUGUUUUAGCAUUUGAGAAAAACUGUAAUGACAAUGGCUCUGGAGAAUGAGCCAUUUCUCCUUCUGUAAAAUGUCUCAGUGUAGGCCUACUUUUUUCAUAGUCAAACAUAAAAUAGCACACAAAUAUGCAGCCAAAAAAGUUUUAUUUCGGUACACACAGAAAACAUGCUGACGGUCUGGACGUUCCUGAAUGUAGCAUUGGUCAGCCAGGAUCCUAGUUUGUAUUUGUCGGAGUGUGAUAGCGUGGUUCUCACGAACCAUAUUUGGGUGUGCUUUGCCUUCGGCAAGGGCACAACCUUUGUUCUCUCACAUAUAUAUUUAUUUAUUAGUGUGUUUGCUGCAAGCAAAAACAUUAUUGUUAUUCUGCAUACUUAUUGGGUGUGCUUUGCCUUCGGCAAGGGCACAACCUUUGUUCUCUCACAUAUAUAUUUAUUAUUAUUUAUUUUUGCCCCCCUAAAUCUUCGUCAAUA